UUGGAAGUGAACGGCAGUCAGUUUGCUCCCUGAUCUCGCUUUUUCUUUUCGGGGUGGGUACAGUCUGUCUGGGCUGGUCCUCCUCCGGGCUCAGCUGUUGUAUAAAAGCUGCUUUUCUCCUGUCCAGUCCAAUUUCACUGCUGCGAAGGUGGUACAGCCGCCAAGAUGAAGCUUUUAUUUUUAAGCACAUUCAGCCUCUUUGUUUUAACAUGCUUUGAUCAAGCCGAGUCAUCUUACUAUGACAAAAUACUGUCUCACAGUCGAAUCAGAGCAAAGGAUAAGGGACCUAAUGUGUGUGCCCUUCAGCAAGUGGUUGGGACUAAAAAGAAAUACUUCAGCACUUGUAGGAACUGGUAUCGAAAGUCCAUCUGCGGCAAAAAAGCGUUGGUCCUAUAUGAAUGCUGCCCAGGUUACAUGAGACUUGAUGGAGGGCGUGGGUGCCCAGCAGUCGCCCCUAUUGACCAUGUCUAUGGUACUUUGGGUAUUGUGGGGGCCAAAAGUACACAGAGUUAUGCAGACAGAUCUAAUCUAAAAGAAGAGAUUGAAGGAGUCGGAUCUUUCACCUUCUUUGCACCGAGUGAUGAAGCUUGGAUGCUGCUGGAUGCCGAAAUUCGCGACGCACUGCUAAGCAAUGUGAACAUUGAACUCCUCAAUGCCUUGCAUUAUCAUAUGGUGGACUAUCGUUUAUUGACAAAGGAUAUGAAGGAUGGAAUGACUGUGCGGUCUAUGUACAAUGACCUCAGCAUUUUAAUCAAUCACUAUCCAAAUGGGGUUGUUACAGUGAACUGUGCUAAAGUACUUUAUGCAAACCAGAUUGCAACCAAUGGCAUUGUGCAUGUCAUUGACCGAGUUAUCACGGCAGUUGGUAACACUAUAGCGGAUGUCGUUGAAGGAACUGAUGAGCUUUCAUCUUUCAGGGCUGCUGCAACUGCCUCAGGGCUGUUUGAAACCCUUGGCAACGAUGGACAUUACACAAUCUUUGCUCCUACCAAUGAAGCCUUUGACAAACUUUCUCGAGAUGUUCUGGAACGCAUUCUAAGUGACCCUGUGGCACUGAAAGCUAUGUUGAACUACCACAUUCUCAACUCAGUUCAGUGUUCAGAAGCCAUUAUGUCUGGGUCAACCUAUGCUACCUUGGAAGGAACACAAAUAGAGAUUGGAUGUGAUGGUGAUAGCCUCACUGUUAAUGGGCAGAAGAUGGUCAAUCGCAAAGACAUCGUCACAAGCAAUGGUGUGAUUCACUUAAUUGAUAAAGUGCUGAUUCCAGAUGCAGCUAUGCAGGUCUUGGAGCUGGCUAAUGGCAAACAGAGCACAUUUUAUGACUUAGUGAAGGAAACUGGAGUUUCUGCUACUCUCACUGAAGAUAAUGAGUACACGUUAUUUGCUCCCAUGAAUGAUGCCUUCGAUGCGGACAUUAUGGGACUUGAUCAACGAUUACUGAAACUAAUCCUGAAAAACCAUAUUCUGAAACUGAAAGUGGUCCUCAAUGAGUUGUACAAUGGGCAAAAGCUGGAGACAUUAGGAGGAAAUUUUCUGAGAGUUUUUAUCUAUCGCACUGCAGUUUGCAUUGAGAAUUCCUGCAUGCUCAGAGGCAGCAAAGAGGGAAGAAAUGGUGUAAUUCACAUGAUCAGAAAGGUCAUCGUCCCUGCGGAGAAGUCAUUGCUGCAAAUUCUGAGAGAGGAUCCUCGCUUUAGCAUAUUCCUGACUCUGGCAGAAUCUGCAGGUUUGACAGAACUGCUUACUGAAGAGGGAGACUGGACUUUAUUUGUUCCAACCAAUGAUGUAUUUGACAGUCUUUCAUCAGAUGAGCUAAAGGAGUUGACAAAUGAUAAAAAUGCUCUGAGACACAUCCUCUUGUAUCACCUCCUCAAAGGAGUUUACGUCGGAGGUGGUAUUGAAUAUGGAGUCACCAAUGUACUGAAAUCAUACCAGGGCAGCAGAGUUAUGGUAAAACUGGUGAACAACACACUGUUAGUAAAUAACGUGAAGUCCAAAGAAUCUGAUCUCAUGGCAAACAAUGGUGUUAUCCAUGUGGUUAAUUCCUUACUCUUUCCAAAAGAUCUUCCUGUAGGAAGUGACUACCUGUACAGAAUUCUUACAAAAAUAAUCAAGUACAUUCAGUUUAAGUUCACCCCGGGUUACACGUACAAAGAAAUCAGACUGCCCAUCAUCACUCGUAUUAUCAAGGUCAUUUCUCAGCCAAACAUUACCAGAGAGAUUGGAACAACCAUUACUCGAGUGCUUCCAUAUGAAACUAAGGUCACAGAAAUCACAAGAAUUAUUACAAGUAAACCAGAAAUAAAAGUACUUCAUGGAAAGGUUAUUCAAAGCGGAACAAUUGAAGGUGAUGCUGAGGCCUUGACCAAGUUUAUUGAAGGAGGAGGAACACAGUACACCAAGGUUACCAGGAUUAUUGAGGGUGAUCCCAAAUUACUUGAGGAUGAAGAAAUCCAAAAACUCCUUCACGGAGGCUCCUCUUCCAGAUUCACUAAAAUUAUGAUUGAGGGUGAACCAUUGAGUGAGCAUGAAGAAGAAGUCACAAAGCUUAUUCGUUCAGAACCAUCAUGGAGAGUCAGUCAUGGUAACAGACGAAUGACAGCUGGAUCAAGAAGGGCAAGACAAGCAUUGAAGAGACUUUCAGUAAAAAGAAAACCUGCUCGAGCUUGAGGAGGAUUUGAAACAUUUUGCUUCCUGAAAAUGCAGGACAUCCCACUAAAGACAAAUGGUUUAAUUUAAAAUUGAGGCCUGGCAUAUGGCAAUCACAAAUGAUAUGGAUGUCAGUUUUGCACAUGUCACAGACUCUUGUCAGGUUACAUGGUUGUUGAAUAGGAAAAGUCAAAGCAUAUUAACUUUCUAUUUCUUUAUGUUUCGCAUUGAAUGCUAGUAUAUUUGAGAAUCAAAAUUGGGUGGAUUCUGGAGGCAUUUCCUUGGUACUAUUGGAAAAUUAAGUCAGGGAUCUUUUAGAAUAUAAAAUGAAUAAUUUACUAAACAGUCAAAUUUAUUUGUUCCAUUUAUUCCCUGGAACAGCCAUUGGUUUUGCUAGGUUAAAUCAUGGUAUAUCUGGAAAAAUUGAAUCAAUACGUAUCUUCUGGUUUUCCCAGUAUUGAGAUUAUCAUAAACUCAACAGGAAUCUAUUCUAGGACAUAACAAUUAGAAUUUUUUCAAAGUAAACAGUUUAAAAAGAUUAAAAGUUGCUUUAUGUUAUAUGUUUGUUUCCAUUUUUAAAGCUGGGCUUAAUAAAUUACAAGUGGGGGUUUGGCCAAUGCUUGGAAACUGAUAUGUCCAUGUGGUUAAGAAGAAAAAAAUAUUAAAGUUAGUGCUUGCUCUAGUGAGGCUAUGGGCUAUUUCUAACAUGUAUUUUGUACUAAGACAUAAAAAGCUUUGCAGUCCACAAACAAGUUCAAGUUGUUCGUACUUUUGUAAAUUGAAUGGUAUUAUCUUUUUUCUGAACACUUUUUUAUAACUCGAGUUUUGUAUCAUUGUUCUUUGUUCCUGCUUUUUUGCAGUUUAAAUCUUACCUUGUUGCUAUUUUUGGGAAACCAAGACUUUACAUGCCUGAAAAUUUGCUGAAUUUGGUGCUUUUUUUUCUGUAUUUUCCCUGAGAAACAAUUAUUCAUUAAAGAGUACUUGCUCAUA